AUGUCAACGAAAUCAAUGGCGGGCCACGGCAGCUGCAACAUGUUGCUGCUGCUGCUGUGCCUGUUGCUAUUGCUGCCGGCAGCAUUGCUGGCGAUACCCAAGAACAGCAACAAUAACAUCAUCAACAAUGCGGCGACAUCGACAACCGCAACAGAAACAGCGGCAACAACCACAACUAUUGGCAGCAACAAUGCCAUGGCCAAUGCCAAUGCCAAGGCUGGCAGCAAAUACGAGAUACGCGGCGUCGCCGGUGAACCAAAUUACAAAUCGGUGAAUCUGACCUGGGAAGUUGAAUUCGUGCCGUCGGCCCAUGACACAGAUUCGAGUGGUGGCAGUAGCAGCAGCUCCAGCUCCAGCUCCACGACAAAUAUGAGCGGCAAUGUGGAACCGCCCCGGGCAUUGGCAUUCCAGAUCUUCUACUGCGAGAUGCAAAACUAUGGCCCACAGCGUUGUCGUGUCAAAUUGGUCAAUGGCACUGCCGCCGAGGUAUCCCUGGAGGAAAAGGAAGAGCAGGGACAGGACCAGGAGGAGCACGAUCCCUUAGGUCCCCAAAUUCAGCACUUUGCUGCCGCUGUGGAUAACCUUCGAAUGGCCACCAGAUAUAGUUUCCACAUUCGUCCAGCCGCCCAGAGACGCCUCCAGGCGAGCGGAACUCGCAGUUCCAAUGCCCGAGCCGAGUUUCAUGACGAGAAUGAGAUCGAAAGUGGAUCUGGACACUUGCCAGGCCAGAGCAUUAUCAUACCCACCAAGGGCUUCUCCGCCCAUGCCACCCAGUGCCUGCCUCAUGCCUCGGAAAUCGAGGUGGAAACAGGUCCAUAUUUUGGUGGUCGGAUUGUCGUGGAUGGUGGCAAUUGUGGCGUCAAGGGUGAUGCCAGUGAUUCCGCAGACAAGUAUACCAUGAGGAUUGACCACAAGGAAUGCGGCAGCUUGGUAAAACCAGAGACCAACACGGUGGAAACCUUCAUCACAGUUCAGGAGAAUCUGGGCAUCUUUACACACAGCACAAGACGCUUCGUGGUGGUCUGCAGCUAUCAGUCUGGAAUGCAGACAGUCCGUGCAAGCUUCACUGUACCGGGUAAAAGUGGAGUAGCCGCUGCCUAUGAGCCCAACGAUCCCUUCGAACCGGACGAGGACCAGCGUCUGGGCAGGGAGCUCCGCCAGAUGCGAUAUGUCAACAAGACCGAGCUGGUGCUAAAAGAACCCGAGUCCGAGGCUCAAACUGAUCCCGAAUCCGACUCCGAAGAGCAGGCCACAGUGGUGGAGGAGACCCAGCCACCAUCUCCCUCCACGGAGCAGGCCUCUCCUCAAAGAGGAGGACAGGGCAGGGCCCUAGACUUCAACGAGGUAAACAAUUUGGCAGAAGAGCCAGCGGUAGGACGUCACCUGGAGCCUGUGGUGGGCACUAAGUACGCCAAACUGGUUGUGGAUCAGGCUCACAGCUCCUGGAUGCCCCUUGAGAUGGGUUCGCCACCCAGUGGGAACGAUGAGGAUAAAGCUGUUUUGCGUUAUAUUAGCUCCCAUCUGAGCAGCGUGCUGGUAACCGUCUCGCUAUCUGUGAUAAUCAUCAGCAUUUGCAUCAUAUUGCUGCAUCGCCAGCGGAUCCGUUCCUCCUCCCGUGGAUGCCGCCCCCCGCCAAUGGUCGCCCACCUGCCCCACAAGACGCUGCCGCGUGCUCUGCAGCAACAGCAGCAGUAUCAAUGCACCUUGUAG